AGAAGGCUUGUGUGAAAGUGACCGUCGAAGUGAAUAGUCCGCGGUACAUCGGGUAUUGCAAGUACUAGUGCGUGUGUUCAUUGAUUAAAUAUGAAGAGAACAAUAACAGUGUGGGGAUUGCUGAUGGAAUUGAUAUCAACCUCUGGAUUAUUCGUGGAUGGACAAAUUCCUGGAGUCCGAUCACCCCUGGUGAUUCCAGAGGACGUCUGGGCAGUGAUCCUGAAGCAAUCGGCAUUGCCAAAUUUUGGGGAACACCUGUCGCUGAAUUCGAAGGAUGUGAUUCCCGGACUGAGUGGUGAUAAGUUUGAAGAGGGAUUUGUAGACAAUCCUUUAUUGUCUGAAGGUGAAUUGGCACACCCACCAGAUUGGUCUGUUGAUAAGAAUGGGGGAAAACCACAUGUUGAAUGGAGACCUCAUGAUGAUAGAAAUUCAACGACAACGAGACCUAAACAAGAGAUCAUUGAUCCGAGGGGAAAUGCCACAAGUCAGACGAACGCAGGAUCUGAUGUCCCUGAUAAAAAUUUUAUCGACUGGGUGCUCAAUCCCUUCACAACCACAACGACGAAAGCCACACCAGUUGCGCCUGAGGAUUGUCCAGCAUGCCAGUGCGGCUUGUCGGCACCUCCAAAUCGAAUAGUCGGUGGUGCCGAGGCCCAAAUGGCUAAAUACCCGUGGGUCGUCUACCUGACGUACAACAAUAAAUUCUACUGUGCAGCAUCGAUAAUCAGUGAUCGUUAUGUGCUGACCGCAGCACAUUGCGUCGAUCGCUUCAACAAGAAUCAGAUGAGGGUAGUAGUCGGUGCUCACAACCGGAGUGAUACUUCGGAGACGAUGACGUAUCGAGUGGCGGAUAUUAUUAAGCAUGGGAGUUAUUCCACAGCAAACUACAACAAUGAUAUCGCCCUCAUCAAGAUAGAUGGGAGGAUAGUGUUUAAGGGGCCGAUGAGGCCCGUCUGUUUGUCGGACAGGGGACCGACAUACGCUGGAUGGCAAGGCAUAGUCACCGGUUGGGGUGCUACUGUCGAAUCCGGAAGCACUUCUAAUACUCUGCAGGAAGUGGCAGUGCCCAUCAUGACCAAUGCUGCUUGUCGGGCCACCAAAUACCCUGCAAGGAAAAUAACCGAGAAUAUGAUGUGCGCUGGGUAUCCCGAGGGGGGACAGGACUCGUGUCAAGGAGACAGUGGUGGCCCUCUCCACGUGCUCGAUGGCAAGACCUACAAAGUGGUGGGAAUAGUCUCGUGGGGCGAGGGUUGCGCCGCACCAGGAUAUCCUGGUGUUUACGCACGAGUCAAUCGAUACAUAACGUGGAUAGAGUUCAGAACCAAAGAUUCGUGUCGGUGUUUAAGCGACAAUUAAUUCAGAGGAUGUAAUUUGGAUCGAUGGUUGAUUGUGAUGGGCUUGUAAUUAAUGUACACAAUACUUUGAAAGCUCAACAGUUUUAUUUAUUUCGGUUUGUCAGUUCAGGCUGCUGUUUGAAGGCACAUUCUGGAGAUGAUACAUUUGAUUUAUUGUGCUGGUAUAGUGGAGUGAUUGAUUUUGUGAUUUAUU